UGUCCUCUCCUCGACUUCUCAUCCGGAGGCCACCAUUCAGGGCUCACCCCAUGGAGAAGGCCCGCGGACUUUUCGGUGACAGCCUCGGAGGCUUCAUGCAGACGUGCAAUGAGCCCCUGGGUUUCUCAGGUCGUACCGCUGGAACGGGGAACAUCAAGACUUUGGGGGACACAUACCAGUUUGCGGUGGAUGUCAGCGACUUCUCCCCCGAGGACAUCAUCAUCACCACCUCCAAAAACCAGAUAGAGGUUCAUGCGGAGAAGCUGGCGUCAGACGGGACCAUCGUGAACACCUUCACCCACAAGUGCCAGCUGCCUGAGGACAUGGACCCCACCUCGGUCACCUCUGCCUUGGGCCCGGAUGGCUCCCUGACGGUCAAGGCCCGGAGGCGCCCAGCCAAGCCCUCCGAGCAGCACCUCCAGCAGACCUUCCGGACUGAGAUCAAGAUCUGAGCAGCGCAGCCCCCCAACCCAAUGGCAAUAAAGAGAUGGUGUGAAGUGGGGAGGGGCAGCGCUUGCUGGGUUUUUCCUUUGUAUAUACACAUAAUAGGCUGUGAUCUGGUUUGGUAUAAAUUAUUCCUGGUGCCUGUCCACCUCCUUCCCUUCUUUGGCUCCCUGGCUGUGGCCGUCCCUGCCACUGUCCUUCCUCAGAAGUCACCCUUCGAGGGUGGCAUUGCACGGCUAGGAUCCUGACCCCCCCUCCUGCUCCCAUGCUUCAUGCGCAUCACCUCUGUUUUCUGGGAAAUGCUGUUCUGCUGACAAUGAGGACUAGAACCUGCUCUUGAGAAAGUGGAUAUAGCUGUGGAGAGUUUAGCACAGCCCUUAAGGUGAGCAUCCUUGGUUUCUUGGCAUAUUAAUGUUUCUGAAUGAGUUCCUGAGACAGAGCUCUUUUACUUCCCCUUUGAAGGAGGGGAUUCGGAGUGAAAGAUGCAAAAUGGGGGGGGGGAAUUGCCAGUCCCUAAAACCCCAAUGCUCCCACCAUCACCAGCAGCAUGCACCAACCUUCCUCUUCCCUUUCUGGAUGGCUUCAUCCUCUCUCCAUCUGCUUGCCAAGCCCCUGCCUUGAUUCCCAGCACAAGGGGAAACCUGAACUGGAAAUGGGACUGCGGGAUGCAUUUGUCAGGGCUUAAACUGGAAAUGAAUGUUCAAACUGCAAAAACAUAAAUAAAAAGAGGUGACAAUGAAAUAA